ACGCGAGAUCGCACCAAGGUCGACCUCGGUGCGCACUCCCGCCAUCUACUUUCCAGAGUCUGAACUAAAAUAAAACGUGUCGAGAAAAUGUCUUUCUUUGAAACGUAAACAAAUGAAAGAAAAAAAAACUGCCAGAAAAGGAGAGCUAUUCUGCGGACUUUGCGAAACAUAGAUUACUUUUUAAAAAAUAACAGAAUAAGAUGGAGAUUGGGUCCUCAAAAAUCUACCAUGAUUUACCCAGUGUCAUUUGUGAGCGUUCAUCAUCCUUGAUAGAUCUGCCAGCACAAAAGAAUGCUGAUGAUCUUUCCAAAAAAAGGGAAUUUAAAGACUUUGUUCAGUCACUCCUUCCAGAAGGUGACAAGGAAGAGAUUGCAACACAGUUAAGAAAAGGGUUUUUACUUACACAAAAGAGGCAGAGAAAAAAUACUCAAUCAGGAAAGAAAAAAGACAGUAAACCUGAUGGCACACAACACCGUGGAAAGAAACGUUUGUCUGGUCGAGAAAGAAGAGAAUUAGGCCUACACAAGGUAGACAAGAACAAUAAGACUUUUGAAAUGUUUUUGCCCAUCAAUGAUAUGUGGAAAAGCUAUUCUAAAGAUCUUCUUGGGAUUGAACAUUAUAAGAAGAGUGGAUGGAAAGGAGGUUAUAAUGACAGUAGGACAGAAACUAUACAGAAUAGAUUAAGAAGAAUAGAGUAUUUUGGAUGCUUGGUGCGAGUAACCAAAUCACGUUGCUCGGAGUUUGUAGGCACCACAGGGAUUAUCAUAAAGGAAACAAAGAAUACUUUUGUAAUGAUCUGUCCAGAUGACAGAGUGAAAACUAUCCCAAAGCUGCAUAGUGAGUUUAGUUUUGUAGUUCAAGAGAUUGGCUUCUCAAUCUCAGGGAACCAUCUUCAUCAAAGAUCAGUGGAAAGGGCAAAAAAUAACUUCAAGAAAUUACAACUAUGGUUGUAAUCAGUGCUAGUGUUGUUUUAUCAGAUCAUUAUGUAUUACCAAAAAACUGUUGUGGUAUUUCUGGAAUAAAGCUUGAAAUAUCAACUGUGUUUUCUUUUCUUGUUGACAAUAUGGAAGUAAUUAUCAUAGAUUUAGAUUGGAACAUAAAUCAGGAGAUAUCUUAUGUUAUAAUAAAGUGGUGAGACUUA